GGUAAGAACUGGAGUCCCUGGACAGCCAGCACCAUGUGGCUUAUCACUCCUCUGCUUUUGCCUAUUGAUGCCUCCCCGGAAAAAACGUGGUCGAACAGCCCCGAAAGCUCAGCUGCAAUUCCACCAACAACCAUUGGAGGGCCCCAGACACCACUACGGAGCACCACAGCUUCCAGUCACCCACACUCGUGAGGUACCCAGCAAGCCCAUUGACCACAGCACCGUCACAUCCUGGGUAAUUCCUGAAUUUGAUACCACAGCAGAAAGUUGCCUCCGGGACCAACGGAAACGUCAACGCCGAGACCAGCCCAGACGUGCAAGUCGCAAGUCUGUCUCUAAGUUCCCUCAUCUCAACUUUGAGAAUCCGGUGUUGCCUUUGAGUCUGGCCACAAGUGCAGUCCCGCCAGUCAAUGAGCACCCCAAACAUCUGGAAAAGAAGAUUAGUAAAAGAAGCCCUUUAGUGCCUGUGCUCAGUCCCCAGAGUUUUAGGGAGCCGUCAGAUCAGGCCUGCCAGAGCUUCCCUCACGUGUUCAUCCCCACUGGUCUCCAGACCCCAGAGCCAGCUUCUGUCAAACAGGGACUCCCUGCUCCGGCCCAGAGGGAAAACAACCUUCCUGUCUGCCCCUUGCAAGCUCGGACCCCAAAGAACACAGAGCCUGGGCCAGUUCUGGUUGAAGAUACCCCAGAAGAGAGUUAUGGGAUCAGAGUGACGUGGAGAAGGCGACGACAUUUGCUGGCCUACCUCCAGGAGAGAGGGAAGCUGAGCAGAAGCCAAAUUUAUGUGAAAAUCUGACCCGUCCAAGGGCCGGAGCCAAAGCACAGUGGGUAGGGCGUUUGCAAUGCCUGAAGCUGUCCCCACACCUUGAGCCAGGAAUUAAGCCCUAAGCACCACUGGGUGU